AGAAACACCAGUGUGCACACCACCACCAUAUAUCUAUCUAUAUGCAUGCUUAUCGAGUCGCGUCGGUAUGCGCAAUCCACCAUACCGGCCGUCGCCAAAAGGACGGGAACAGCGCUCGCGUUGGUUUCGUCCCCGUAGCGGCAGUGGCUGGCUCCUGCUGUACGUUGUACUUUGCCGCGGAUGCGGAGGCGUGCAAUCCAAGAGAAUGAACGCGGCGGUGAAAGCGUCAGCGGGUAGCAGCAGUAGCAGUAGUAGCAGCCAUCGCCCAGUGUCACAGUCCGAGCUGGCGUCAUCCAAGAAUACUACUACAAAAGCGAACGCACGUCGCGUUCAGAAUGCCACGACGGUGUUGCAGUUGACCGAAACGGAACUCUGGGACGGUCAAAAGUGGAAGGUCUCGGGAGAUUGCCGUUGGACGUUGGACGACGAACCGUGUAAACCACCCGACCAACAGGUACCACCGAAAGGCACAACGUUUUCGGGUGACUGGAAAAUUGUCACGAGUUCCUCGCGAGAUUCGUACGGAUGGGAGUACGUCGUCUCACAACCGCAUCCACUCCGCCAACGGAUUUGGUUGCGCAGCGUGGUGCCUUUAGCGAAACACGACGUCGCCCAGUCCGCGGACUCGCAAGCCGUUGCUCGGAAGAAACGUCUAGCCCAACGGGAACGUCCACGUUGGAUACAGGCUAUUCGCGACGAUUUCAACUUCAAAGGCUUUGGCUGGUCCUUUUACAAAUCACUUGUGUUCGCGAACAGUUUCGGAGUCGCUUUUCGAUUGCCACUGACGUUCAACUUGAAUACCUGGGAACGACAUCCCGCAUGGCCGUCCAUUUCUAGUAACAUCGCCUUGUACAAUCCUGCUUGCGCUGCCGUAUUUCUAAGUGCCUCCAUGCGAGUCGAAUGGAUCAAGUGGGCCGCCGCCCGAUUAUGGUUUCUGCUACAAUAUCUACUAGUGUGGAUGGUUUGGAACGUUUCCCGAGGCGUCGUCUUGGCGUCUUCGGCGCUAGUGUUUCCUGUGACGCGGAAACUUUACAACCCUCCUAUGCCAAUACACUGGAAAUCGGCUGCGGACAACCCACCAAUCUACUCUCGCACUACCGAAGAACGCAUCGGAGCCUCGCUUUCGUGGCGCGUUACCAAAGCCAAGGGCUACGAAUUCCGUGUCAGUUAUUGGCAUUUCUACGCUCCCACUCUCACUUCGAUGUACGAUGCGUGGGGACGAACUAAAAUCCCUGCCUGGUUUGCCCGACGCUCCGCGGCCUUGGGACUUUCGACCUCGGGGCCCAUACCGGACGAUCCGUUUUUGACCUGCAGUGCGUUGCUAUCGCUGUCUGGCUUUUACUUUCGCAAACGCGAGCGUGUGCUCGUUCAACCCACGGUAAGUACCACGACCGAUGCCUCGUCUGCGUCACUCCUUAACACUACCGAAACGAGUAAGGCCACUUUCUCCGUCGGGCAGAAAGAGGAUGACCCGACCCCAAAUGGCGAACAACCAAGGAAGAAAUCGUCCACGAAACAGCUCGUAUCGUAG